AUGACCCCUCCUCCCCCUCAAACUCCAACGCGUCGCUCAAAGCGGUUCCAACCAUUAGCAACACCUUCUAGGAAACAUAAUGUGACCGGCCAUCUCAACUGUUCAUGGGAGGGCGAGCCAAUCCACACGAGGCCAACAAUUCCAGCGCUAGACCUUCUUCAGGACGAGCAAGAAGAGCUAGAGGAAAAUACGGAUCAAGGGUCUAUAGAAACUGUCUUUUAUAGCGCGUUUUGCAUGAGAAGUCAGAAGGCUCGGCAAUACAGGGGAGAAAAACGGACUAGCAGCAGUGGCCAGGAGACUUUUCGAGUUGGGGACACCGUAACUAUUGAGACGGACACGUUCUACAGGAAACGGAAGCCGCCCAGUGUUGCUGUUAUUGUGUCUAUGUGGUAUACUAGGUCCAAGGGAGAAAAUGACGGAGAGGCGGAGCUCGAUUCCAGCAAGUUCAGGUUGAGGGUGCACUGGUUCCUGCGGCCAACUGAAAUGCCCAGCAUACGCGCAAAGAGGGAGCACAAAGAGAAUGAGAUAUAUUACACUCUUGACUCUAGCGAGGUUCUCGUCCCGGAAGUUAUCAUUUCACACUGCAGUGUCAAGAACGAUCCACCCUCCAGCUCCGUUAGCAAGGGAAAGAAGAAGGCGGCAUUGCCUGCUACAACAAGCAAGCGUGGCGUCACGAGACGGAGUGGCAUUGAGCCUGUGGGAGUCGACACCGACGCCGAUUUUAAUUGCCAUCUCGCAGUCGACUCCUAUCGAGGACUAUUCUUCGACCUUGACUGGGAAAAACAUCAACAACAUGCUCUUCAAAUUGCGAAAUCACCAUCUGACAAGCUAAAAUAUGGGGAUGGUGUCGUCUGGAAUGUGAACGCUCGUCUGCCAAAAAGCGGAACUUCAAAGCCGGCUACACGCCCACAGAAAAAAUCCAAACUGAUUAAUGAUGAAACGGCGGUGCGAUCGAAGGAAGACGAAGAUAGUCAAGAUGGGUUCGAGCCUGAAGAUGAAGCCGAAGAAGCCGACGAGGACGACGAGUUUGAAGCUGAGGAUGUUGAUGAAAUGUCAGGGCAGGAUACCGGUGAAGACUCAGAGAACGAUUUUGCUGAGCCCACCACCCCAUCCAAGACCCGGAAGCGCAAACGAACCACUAACCCGCGUACUCCGCGAAAACAACGCCGAACUUUGGUCCAGCCGACACCUCAUUCCAAAGCUGCGCUACAACACCGCUCCAGACUGAGCAAAGGCUCAGCCUCGCCACGUAAACGUCAAGGAGCAUCAUUCCCUGUUCGUCCGCAAAAAUUGGAUUUCAAGACAGAUCUAUCACACCUUCCCCGCGACCCAUGGAUCCGGGCUAUGCAUGUCCUACACGUGGGAAGCAGGCCAGAUGCUCUUCCUUGUCGCGAAGAAGAGUACAGUAAAGUGCUGAGGUGCGUUGGUGAGUUGCUGGAGGAAGGAAGUGGAGGUUGUGUUUACAUUUCUGGGGUGCCGGGAACUGGAAAGACGGCCACAGUACACACAGUCAUUCGUGAACUUAAGAGGAUGGCGAAAGCUAAUGAAACCAAUCCAUUUACCUACGUUGAAAUCAACGGGCUCAAGAUUCCUGAGCCCCCAGUUGCAUACAGUUUGCUGUGGGAAGCUGUGUCUGGCCACGAUGUCGAAACAGAAGGGCAUCUACGAAUUGGUCCAAAAGAGAGCCUAAAGGCGCUCAUGCACCAUUUUACCGGCCGAGCUCGUGGGCCGGGUGGCCACGCAUGCGUCGUGCUCAUGGAUGAGCUGGAUCAACUAGUAACGGCUAAGCAAGAUGUGGUGUAUAACUUUUUCAACUGGCCAACAUUAGUUGGCAGUAAACUCAUCGUCAUCGCUGUUGCUAAUACGAUGGACCUACCAGAGAGAGUCAUGACUGGCCGGGUUCGCAGCCGACUCGGCAUGGUCCGGAUUAAUUUCCAGCCUUAUACGACGCCUCAGCUUGAGCAGAUUGUCCAGGCGCGAUUGGCGUCUGCAAAAGAAGGUACGACUGGGCCAGAAGAGACGCGUGACGUUAUCUCGCGCGAUGCCAUCAAGUUAGCGGCCAUGAAAGUCAGUCGAAUAACUGGAGAUGCCAGAAGGGUAUUGGACAUUUGCAGGCGAGUGGUGGAACUCGCGCGCGUUACAAAAACAACCGCAAAAGGGGAGCAAGUCAACGAAGUUGUUGCAGUAAUGCAGAAUAGCCCUACGGCUGCAUAUCUCCGUGAUUGCAGUUUUCACGAACGAAUGAUGCUUGCCUCGCUAGUCAAAUGUGUCAAGCGCGAGGGAGUCGAAGAGAUAAAAUGGGGAGAGGUACAACAUCAGCACGUAAUAUAUAUGAACGUUCUGACGUCAGAAGACGAUCCACCACGGAAGCCGACAGCCAGUGAGCUGACAAUGGUUCUUGACUCGUUGGUUGCGUCGCGGGCUGUUGUGGUUGAAGAUGCGUGGAGAAAGGCAGAAGGGGAGCGACGAUUACUGUUAAACUUGGAGCAGAUUGAGGUGGAGAGGGUGCUGAGUGAUGUCGGUGGUGUGAGAUGGAAGAAUGUACUGAGCGGUUGA